GCUCAAUACCUCGUGGGCUUGUACCGGCGAAAGAUAGGACCACGCGAGCUCCCAAAGCGUGAGAAGGGAUACGCACAAUCGGUUGGGGGUCUCUGGGGAAAGGAAGAGGAGUCAAUUUCUUUCGCGUCUUCGCUUUAUCGUAAAAAUCACGUGUGUUAAAUGCGGACGAAGGGUGUUUCUUGUUCGGGUCUUUCUCGGUCGUUAUUUUUGCGCAAUAGGAAAUAAAGUUGCAUACGCGAUUCGAAACUUUGUUAAAAGUCGAUUAUUUUUCACGUUGACACUAUUUCGAUCAUUUCAUUAAUCGACAAUGGACGUUUUGUGGCCCCAAGACGUCGCUCAAUGGUGCUCCACCGACUUCACCAAAGGCCUCGAGGUUAUACCUUUCGACGAGAUUUCCAACGACGAUGAAAAAUCCUCCAGCUACCGAUCGGGAUCUGUCGUGUCCGGAGAUACGACGAAAUCUCGGCAACGAUCGAGAACUGAUUUGUCAGUUCUGAGCCAAUCAAACGGUUCGUGUUACUCGAGAUUUUCGCGAAGCGAACAAGUCCCGAGUGCCCAAUCGGAAGGUCGAAUACUCGAUUUAUUAGCCGGUUCGGGUUAUCCGAUGACACAAGUUAAUGGCCAGAGGAAAUUGGGUCCACCCCCUGGCUGGACGAAACCACCGCCCGAGCCAGAGUGCGAGAUUUUUGUUGGGAAAAUACCGCGCGAGCUCCACGAGGAUACCCUCUACCCGAUAUUCAGCUCUGUCGGACAAAUCUACGAGAUUCGCUUGAUGAUGGAUUUCUCGGGCAGCAAUCGUGGCUAUUGUUUCAUCAUGUUCACGAAAGUCGAAUACGCCCAACGAGCCAUCAAGGAAUUGAACAAUUUCGAAAUUCGACAAGGACACAAAAUCGGCGUCGUUGCAAGCAUAAACAACUGUCGAUUGUGCAUCGGCCAGCUACCGGCUUAUAUCAACUCGGAAAUCGUUAUAACAGUGAGUUUUUCACAAAAGCACAAAUUUUGUACAAAAUGAAUGGAUAAUUCCAAAGAAAAAAGCAUUGAAAUUGGGAAACACUUUUGUAUCAAGUAAUAACAAAAAAUAUUGAGACGAAUUUUACGGUAAUACAAUUUUUUGGUACGUGAAAUUUUUCGGCACUGUCAUCAAUUGAAAAC